ACCUCCAAAGCCGCCUCCUCUCUCUCUCUAUAUCUCUUCUCCCCUGUUUCAGCUCCUCUGUUUCUCAUCACAAUGGCCAUAACUAUUUGUUCUCUUCUCUUCUUCUCUUCUCUCUUCUGCUUCUCCUUACAAAGAACUUAUGGAGACUAUGGAGGUUGGGAGAGCGGCCACGCCACCUUCUACGGUGGUGGUGAUGCUUCCGGCACAAUGGGAGGAGCUUGUGGGUAUGGGAACUUGUACAGCCAAGGAUACGGCACUAACACUGUAGCUCUAAGCACUGCUCUGUUCAACAAUGGCUUGAGUUGUGGUUCUUGUUAUGAGAUGAGAUGUGAUUCUGAUCCCAAAUGGUGCCUCCCCGGAACCAUUACAGUCACUGCCACCAACUUUUGCCCUCCCAACUUGGCUUUAUCUAACGAUAAUGGUGGAUGGUGCAAUCCUCCUCUCCAGCAUUUCGACAUGGCUGAGCCAGCUUUUCUCCAGAUUGCUCAAUACCGUGCGGGAAUCGUUCCCGUUGCCUUUAGAAGGGUGUCCUGUGUGAAGAAGGGAGGAAUAAGGUUCACAAUUAACGGCCACUCUUACUUCAACUUGGUAUUGAUCACCAACGUUGCAGGUGCAGGAGACAUCCAUGCAGUGUCGAUCAAAGGGUCCAAAACUGGGUGGCAAACCAUGUCAAGGAACUGGGGACAGAACUGGCAGAGCAACUCUUACCUCAACGGCGAGAGUCUCUCCUUCCAGGUCACCACCAGUGAUGGCCGAACCGUCACUAGCUACAAUGCUGUCCCAGCCGGUUGGCAAUUUGGUCAGACCUUCGAAGGUGGCCAGUUCUAGGAGGAGUUCUGGUCCGGUCUGGUCCAGGUUGGUCUGACCAGGUUGGUUGGUGGAUGAAUCAUUGAACUUGUACAAUAUCUUCUUUUCAAUUUUUUCUUUUUCAGAUCUAGACGAGCAAAGAAGUUGGGUGGCCCUUGAUGCUGAGGUUGCUAUUUUAGUACCCGCUAGACCUUCUUAUAUAUGUAAUAAUGGAUAGGAAAUCAGUUAGAAAUAUAGUUAGGUCAGUUAUUGAUACCUCAUCGCAAGCUUUGUUGAAAUCAAGGCAAUGGGUAUUGAAGGAAAAGAGUUUUUGGUGAGAGUGAGAGAGAGAUUGAUUUUAGCCCUACUGCAACUUGAUAUAAUUAUAAGGAAAAGCAAGGGCAAAAAACAUAAGUGUACUUUUUAUUUUUGGUAUCUUACUUGUGUUCCCUCGAAGCAAUGUAUUUGUCAUUAGAAAAUAUAUUAUAUUGGGAGAUGAAUGUAAUUUAUUAUUUUCCAUGA